CGGCUUAAAAGUACCGUCUGUUCCGGACGUGUACAGUAUAUAGUAUAUAGGUAGUGUUUUAGUUUUCCGGACUCCGGAACGCGUUCACAGUCAGUCCACACAUAACCGUUACAAUGUCACCAACUCUAAUAAUGGACUUCAAUCGUACUGUAUCAAGACCUCUGCCACAAUUGGGUUUGAUGGAAAACGAAGUAGGAGAAACUCACUUGUUGGGUUGGAACCUUCCAGCCGAAGAUCUCAUCCACAUCCCAGAACACUGGUUAAAAUACCAAGAACCCAGUGCGUUGCAACAUUACUAUUUAGCAUUUAUGUACACACUUUUUACAUUUAUCGCAUUAUUUGGAAAUGGUUUGGUCAUAUGGAUAUUCUGUGUAGCAAAACCAUUACGAACGCCGUCUAAUAUAUUCGUAAUUAAUUUGGCGCUGUGUGAUUUUGUGAUGAUGGCAAAAGCACCAAUUUUCAUAUACAGUUCUAUAAAUCGUGGUUAUCAAGGCCAUUUCCUUUGCCAGCUAUUUGGUGUGGCUGGAGCUUUCAGUGGUCUCGGUGCGAGUGCUACGAAUGCUGCGAUUGCAUAUGACAGAUUUAGUACGAUAGCAAAACCAUUCGAUGGACGUAUGACUUAUGGUAGAGCAUUAUUUUUAAUUGUAUGUAUUUGGGCUUAUACUUUGCCAUGGGGUAUUUUACCUCUAACCGAAAAGUGGAAUCGAUUUGUACCAGAGGGGUACUUGACAAGUUGUACUUUUGACUAUUUAUCUCCAACAGACGAAACUAGAGCUUUUGUUGGAAUUAUGUUUGUUAUUUGUUAUGUAAUACCGGUCUCAUUAGUCAUAUUUUUCUACUCGCAAAUCGUUAGUCAUGUCUUCAAUCACGAGAAAGCACUUCGUGAACAGGCUAAAAAAAUGAACGUAGAAUCGUUGCGAAGUAACCAAGAUGCAAAUGCUCAAUCGGCGGAAGUAAGGAUUGCAAAGGCAGCUAUCACAAUAUGUUGCCUAUUUAUAGCUUCUUGGACACCAUAUGCAAUAGUCGCCAUGAUUGGUGCUUUUGGAGAUCGAUCAUUGCUGACACCUGGUAUCACAAUGAUUCCAGCGAUAUUUUGCAAAACUGUGGCAUGUUUUGAUCCUUAUGUAUAUGCAAUAAGUCAUCCAAGAUACAGGUUGGAAUUAUCAAAACGUGUUCCGUGUCUUGGAAUUAAUGAAAAGCCGCCACCAACAGCAUCCGAGACCCAAUCCACAACUACAACUGCUUAAUAUAUACCUACCUAUUAUUAUAAAAGGUUUAUACUUACGAAUUAAAGAAAUCUCAAUAAUAGAUCAAUAACUAAACGUGUGUCUUGUAAAAUAAAAUAUAACCAUGAACCAAACAUUUUAUUUAACUGUCUACUCCAAAGAAUGUACAUUUUCUAUUUAUUUAAAACUAAUAUGUAACAUUUAAUAUUUACCAACUUACUUUAGAUUGAUUGCAAAAUAAAAACAUAAGAAAUAAU